AAAUUAGCAAACCUUUAUAGCAUACAAGAGAUAAUGCCCUUGAGUAACUUUAUCUUUGACAUUGUUGUUUCAAAAUUAGAUGUGCCCAAGUUGGUUAUUAAUGAUUGCAGUAAAUUAAAAGUGCUGACUAAAUUUUAUAAGAAGGAAAUAUGCUUAACAAGUAGUCGCAUCAAUGUAAAUCAGUUUAAUGCCAGCUCAGGCACAGAAUUCAGAGCGUUGCCAAGCCAUUUAAGGGAUGUCCUUAAGAAUUGCGGAAUGGCUAUUUCCGUAUACGUCAGGGAUGCUCUUAUAGGAAAUGCUCAGAUAAACUUUCCUAAUGAUUACACGAACAGAAUUAAGGACGGUAUGUCUGAUCUCAACCACAAAGACACCGUGCACAUUGUGAGAAAAAAUCAGGUGGUGGGUUGUAUAGAGAUUAUCUGCCGUCUUGUUAUCAAAUGCGAUGAUCACCUAGUGACGAAAGAAGGCAUUAAAAUGCAGGAUAUCAUGUUUCUUGUCAGCAGCAGGCAGCACUGUCCCACUGACUGCGAUCCUUGCCUGGAUAAAUUGGAAUCAAAUGAGCGCGAUGAGUAUCUGAAUGUGGAUUUACAACGCUAUCAGAACAUUAAUACUACUGGACAAGAGCGCUCGAAUGUUGCGAUAAAACGUAAUAAUGUUGUUGACGCCUUCUUACCACUUAAGAAAUUGGUAGACGACUACAAAAACAUUAUUAAGUCAAUAAAUCGAAGACGUCAUUCGAGUGAGCCGUGCUCCACACAAGACUAUUUACAAGAGCAAUACUCACCCUCCUUGCCAGCAAAACGCUGUGCUUCAGACUUUGGCGCAGACAAACAUGAUGGUUUGCGUCAUCCAAAGCCUUCAGCCAUGAUCGAUUGUAAUGAAAAAUACCAACAGAUAAAGCCCAUACGUUUCUGUCCCAUCUGUCUGAAUAACAUGUCAUGGCUACCAAAAUUCGCCUCAUGUCCCAAGUGCGGAGUCACGCCCUUACCGGUAAAAGACGAGCCUCCCGACAAGAAUCAACUGACUCCCGAUCAAAUAUUGAAUGAUUACAUGGGUAAGCCCUACGUAAACAACUUUGCUAAAUCAUUAGAUCUCAGUGCAGUGGAAGGUGAAGAAAGCGCCAGUCAACUAAAUCAAUCCAGGUGUCGGUGCUCGUGGAUGAAUAAACUGUGUGCCCAUUGUCGAAUACGUAGGCAGUGCGAAGAUAUCUUCAAGCCCUCUGCAGUGCCCAUUGUACAAACACAGUCUGAUAGUCACAUGAAAUCUGAGGAGUCUCGCCCACAUUUGACCAAAGUUUUUUCCGAUCUACGCGAUCUCUAUAAUGCAAGGCACGGCAAAGUUCGAUUGAUGCCCGAUCAUCAGUGCAAAGAAAAGAAACACAAUAUAAAUUUCCAUACACUACCUACUCAAGAAAAGCACCUGUCCGAGGGACAUAACGAACGGAAUAAUCCAGACAAUACUCCACAAGGCAUUAAUUCACAGUUCGCAAAAAAUCAACGAAGGAGAACACACCAGUGCUGUGCGAAUCUGCAACCGCUUGUGCCGCGUCAUCAUGGCUGGAAUUGGACAUGUACCCGAGAGGCUCGCAAAUAUGGUUGGAGACCAGGUGCAGUUCGCAAGCCCAUAAAAAAGCUCAUGAAUUACUUUUUGUAUCACCUGCCAAGUAAACAUGCAGAUCUUCUGCGCGAGCAGCAAUCGAACGUCAAACGGGACGUGAAACUUCAGCCUCCUAUUCUUCAGGUGUGUAGGAAAAGAGGCGAAACUUUCGUUACCCUGCGCGCAGUGAACAACAAAAGCCUAGAGCAGGGUUCUAUUGUGUUUAAGAUAGUUAAAAGCGAUUUGGCUGUGUCGCUACACGACAUCAAGAAGAAGCUUAAGGACGAAGGGUUUCGUAAGUGCACCUGCCACCAAUCGUUGAUGCUGUGCGUCUGUCGCAGCAACAUGGAAAAAAGGGAACUUGAGGUCGCUCUACGAAAGGAGUGCAAUCGUCGCGGCAUGGAGAGUUGUGUGAACGAUCUUGUGCUUACGGAUACCAGUGACAGUGAAGAUGAAUUCAAUAUUAAUGUAUCGCCGCCGUCGAGCGUGCCACAUCCUCCGGCCACGCUGAAACCACGGACCAGUGACCAUGCAACCCAGCUGACUAAAAUGAAAAUAAUUCCUCCUAGGCAUCCAAUCAAACAAAGUUUCUACUCUCGUGCUCAGGACUGUGCUACCGGUGGUCGAUACACGGGCACAGUUUUCGGCAAGCCAGGAGAGACGGUGUUUGAGGACGGUUGCUUUGGAUGCAGGGGUGGCGGUCCGCAUGGUCCAGUGUGUAAGCGCAACGCUGGUGCGGCUUCUGGCAUAUACCAGAAACAUAUACCAAUUCCCGCACCUGAAAGGCAACGUUAUACCGCAGGAACUAGAGAAUUGAUUCCAUUAAAAUUAGCUAAGCGCUGUCAGAAAGUUACCGAAUCAGCUGCAAAAGCAGCAACGAAACAGUUGGAUAUGCCGAGCUAUUUGAAGAGUAACAAAUUAGUUUCUAGAAAAAAAGCUAUGUCAGGCCCUCAAGGGGCCGCUGCACAACGUAACCAAUGCACUAAAUUACGGAUCCCCUUAUUGCCUAACGAAUAUGCACCACGGCUAGGAAAUCACUUUGAACCAUACGCUACAAAAUGCUAUCAGCCAUAUGAUUAUCGAAACUGCAAUCAAUUCAACGAACAAUACUGUUCCCCAUGGGGUUAUUAUUUUUGCCAACCAAUUAACUCUUGAGGAACAUUAUUUGUA